UUGGAGAGCUUAGCUCCCCAAGAGUUUGUUGUCCUUGACUAUGGGAUCAGCUCUCAUCACACAGAAGAAUUUGAACUGGGAGCAGGAGGAAGGGGUUGUAUCUGGCUGGGGAGUUUCUGGAAUCAUUAAAUGGAGCAGUACUGCCUGAUGUGGCAAGUAGAGGUGUCUCAGCUGGGAGUCCCCAUCAUAUCUCCUCUAAAGACUCUGAAAUAAGUACAGUGACUGGCUUUUCACAGACUGAUGGCUGAUCGAGUGCUUGUGAUUGGCAGUGGAGGCAGAGAGCACGCUCUGGCCUGGAAAUUGGCACAAUCUCCACAUGUAAAACAAGUGCUAGUUGCUCCAGGAAAUGCAGGAACAGCUGAUAAUGGAAAGAUUUCAAAUUCAGCUGUGUUAGUCAGCAAUCAUACUAUCCUUGCCCAGUUCUGCAAAGACCAUAACAUUGGACUUGUGGUAGUUGGACCAGAGGCACACUUGGGAGCUGGCAUUGUGGAUGACUUGAUGUCAGCUGGAGUUAGAUGUUUUGGUCCCUCAGCCAAGGCAGCUCAGCUACAGACCAAUACAAGCUUUGCCAAAGCCUUUCUGGAUUGUCAUGGGAUCCCAACAGCAAGAUGGAAAGCAUUCGCCAACCCUCAAGAAGCUUGUAGCUUUAUUACCAGCACAGACUUUCCUGCACUGGUUAUAAAGGCUAGUGGCCAAGCUGCUAGAAAAGAAAUAAUUAUUGCAGCCAGCAAAGAGGAAGCCUGCAGAGCUGUGCAAGAGAUUUUGCAGGAUAAAGUGUUUGGAGAGACUGGAGAGACGGUUGUCAUUGAAGAACUUCUUGAAGGGGAAGAGCUAUCUUGCUUGUGCUUCACUGAUGGUGUCACUGUUGCUCCCAUGCCACUAGUCCAGGUCCACAAACAGUUAAUGGAUGGAGACCAGGGUCCAAAUACUGCAGGGAUGGGAGCUUAUUGCCCAGUACCACAGAUUCCUGAAGCCCUUCUAGAGAAAAUUAAAGACUCUAUCCUGCAACACAUUGUUGAUGGUAUGAGACAAGAGGGAACAACAUAUGUAGGUGUGCUGCAAACGGGAUUAGUGCGUACUAAAGAUGACGUGAAAAUUAUAAACUUUGACUGCCACUUUGGUGACCCGCAGUGCCAGGUAAUUCUUCCACUGCUUAAAAAUGACUUUUAUGAAGUGAUUCAAGCAACAAUUGAUGGCAAACUCUGCAGCUGCAUGCCAGCUUGGUCAGAAAACCGUACUGCUGUGUCUGUGGUUAUGGCAAGUGAAGGGUACCCAGGAGACUAUGUCAAAGGCAUGGAGGUAACAGGACUUCUACAAGCGCAAGAGCUAGGGGUGAAGGUGUUCCAUGCAGGCACAACCAUGCAGGAUGAUAAAGUGGUGACUGACGGUGGCAGAGUCCUUACAGUCACGGCUAUCAAGGAGGAUCUGAUGGCAGCACUGGAAGAAGCCAACAAAGGAGUAGCAGCCAUACGGUUCCAGGGUGCCAUUUACAGAAAGGACAUUGGUUAUCAGGCUGUAGCUUUCCUGCAGCGGUCUGUAGGCCUGAUACAUGGUGACGUACGCGUAGACACUAUAACCAGCAGUGCUUUGAUUAAUCAAUCUGAACCACCAGCUGCAACUCGUAGUAGAUCAGAGUUACCUAAAAGUUGUCCUGGGCAUUUUUUGUACGCAGGCAGCCAUGCAGAGCUGGGAGGCUCUACUGAUUUCUUUGACUUGAAAUCAUCUGGUUAUGAUGAUCCUAUCUUGGUAUCUCGAACUAAAGGCAUUGGAUCUAAAUUGCAGAUUGCACAGAUGUGUAAGAAACAUGACACCAUUGGCCAGGACUUGGUUGCCAUGUGUGUCAAUGACAUCCUGGCUCAGGGAGCAGAGCCCCUCUUCUUCCUUGACUAUUUUGCCUGUGGGAAACUUGACACUGAAGUGGCUCAAGCAGUCAUAGCGGGAAUAGCUGAAGCUUGUAAAAAGGCAGGAUGCGCUCUCUUGGGAAGAGAGACUGCUGAAAUGCCAGGCAUGUAUUCGCCUGGAGAGUACGACCUCGCUGGCUUUGCAGUUGGUGCAGUGGAACGAGGCCAAAUGUUCCUGCAGCAGGAGAGAGUUGCUGAGGGGGAUGUCGUCAUUGGACUAGCUUCUUCUGGGAUUCACAGCCAUGGCUUUAACCUUGUAAGGAAGAUUCUCUUAAUGUCUUCCCUGCACUACUCGUCUCCAGGACCUGAUGGAUAUGGCGACCAGCCGUUAGGAGAACUAUUGCUAACUCCAACCAAAAUCUACAGCAAGGCUUUGUUGCCUGUCCUUCGUUCAGAGCAUGUGAAGGCCUUUGCCCCUAUAACUGGCGGGGGGUUAAUGGAAAGCAUCCCCAGAAUCCUACCUGAAUCAUUUAGUGUAAUUUUGGAUGCUUAUAGUUGGCAGAUACCUGAAAUCUUCUCCUGGCUCCAAACAGAGGGGAACCUCUCAGAAGAGGAGAUGGCCCGAACGUUUAAUUGCGGGAUCGGUGCUGUCUUGGUGGCAGACAAGGAGCUGGCUCAGCAAGUUCUGAAGGAUGUACAGAGGCAUGAGGAAGCCUGGCUGAUUGGAAAUAUAGUUCCAAGCCACACAGGAUCGUCUCAUGUCAAAGUCAAGAAUCUCCUUAAAGCCUUGCAGUUAAAUAGAUCCCAGUUUCUGCAGAAUGCUGCUGAUACGGACAGUCACCUGCGUGUCGAGCCCCAAAAAAGCAAAGUGAAAGUAGCUGUUCUCAUCUCUGGAACAGGUACAAACCUUGCGGCACUUAUCGCAUAUGCAAAAGAACCAGCAAGCUGUGCACAGAUAGUUCUUGUCAUCUCUAACAAGUCUGGAGACGUGGAAGAAUUGAGAAAUGCAGCCCGGGCUGGGAUUCCCACCAGGGUAGUUGACCAUAAAUUGUAUGGAAGCCGCUCUGAAUUUGACUGCACAAUUGACAGAGUCCUUGAAGAAUUCUCUGUUGAACUGAUCUGUCUCGCAGGAUUUAUGAGAAUUUUGUCCAGUGCUUUUAUCAGAAAGUGGAAUGGUAAAAUUUUGAACGUUUGUCCAUCACUGUUACCUUCAGUCAAAGGGGGAAAUGCCCAUAAGCAGGUGCUACAACCAGGAGUCAAAGUCACUGGCUGUACAGUACAUUUUGUACUUGAGGAAGCUAAUACAGGAGCAAUUAUUCAGGAGCCCGUCUCUGUGAACACAGAUGAUACCGAGGAGACCUUGUUGGAAAGGGUGAAAGAAGCAGAGUGCCGAGUCUUUCCCAUUGCCUUGCAGCUGGUGGCCAGUGGAAUGGUGCGACUAGGAGCAGAUGGUAAAACCUGCUGGAAACAAGGAACCCAAAGCUUGACUCAUCAUGAAAAGCAAGAUUGCAUUUCCUCCACUACUACUCUGAAGCCACAACAGUACAACAGGCUACAGUCAAAUGAAUGAAUGUCCUACUCAUUGCUCACUAGUUUUUCUCUGUCUGUUGUUUCUUCUGUCCUGAUUUCAGGCAGACCAGUUUCAUAUCUGCUUGCAUGUCCCUCCAAGGAGCGAUGCAUCACGUUCAGUGGCUAUGUAACCCUUCUGCCAGGUUGAGCCAGCAGCAACCAGGGCUGGGUUCAAUAUCUAGGGAUUCCUUUCCAUUGAUACAACAGAGAACCGGCUUGAUCCACCACGCAGUAACCUGGGAAAAUUACACACCACCCCUGGGUGCCUCUGAGAGGCAAUACUUUCCCACUCGCAAGCAUAGAGUCUGAGUGUAGAAAAUAAACUUUUAAUAAAAGGAGGGAAGUAACUGAGUGUUAAUUUGGGGAAAUACCACAGACAGAGUUCAUAAACAUAAACCAUGAGUAAAAGACACCCCCCCCCCCAGAAGGUUCGGCAGUGUCCUUUUGCUCUCAGUUUAAGUCCAACAACCCAUGUGCUCAACCCUUCUCUGCACCCCACUCAUAGUUCCUGUCCUUCAUCAAUGCAGACCCAGAGUUCAGAGGUGCAUCUGCAGAGUUCACCUCCCCCCUGGGUGGGGUAAAGAGGUACCUUACUCGCUCCACUGCUCAGGGACUCGCUUGCUGCCCCUUUCUGCCAGCCACCCUGCUCACUGCUCUCACUGUGCCUCUCCAUCAGCCGCCCUGCUGGCCGCCUGCUCUCGCCACGCCAUCAGCUGCCCUGCUGGCUGCUUGUCGCAGCUCUCCACUGCUGCCCGCCUGCUCACCAUGCCCCUCCACCAGCCGCCCUGCUGGUCAUUCAUCACACCUCUCCGCUGCACCAGCCACUUGUUCACCAGCUGACUGUCAGUCACCUUCUGCUGCCACCUGCCUCUCUGCUGUGACAUCUGUACAUCAGUCUCAGUAAUUUUCAGCUCUUUGCAGGCCAGGCAGAAACAUUGCCCGUCUCAAGUGAUUUCAGCUCUCAGUGAUUUUUAGCUCUUAGCAGGCAGAAACAUAGUCCUACCACAACUGAUUUCCGCUCUGAUUGGGUAUUUAAUAUAACAAAGAGGCUCCUAAUGAAGCCUGUUUAGCUCUAUUCUUUGAACAGAGGGGAGGAACAGCUUAAAUCAGUCUAGGGAGAAUCCCUUGAUGAGGGUGUGCAGCCUCCUGGCUGGGGAUUCUCCACCCAUCUUACUUUCACAUGGCUCUGGCAUUCAACCCCCGGCUGGCUUAACAUCCUUUCACUGAAGGUGACUCCCCUCGUUUGGAACAGUUUAAGCAAAGUCCUGCUUCCCUGUAUUCCCACAGUAAUUACAACAUUUUGGUAACAGCAUUUCAUUACCCCAUUGGUUUCUAGAUUGAUUGAUUUACUUAGUAAUCCUUAUCCAUGUGUUACUCUAUCUUAUCCGCAAAAAGAAGAACAGGAGUACUCCUGUUCUUCUUUUUGCGGAUACAGACUAACACGGCUGCUACUCUGAAAUCUAUCUUAUCCGGUAUCUUUAUGGGACCUGAAUUUGGUAUUAUCUUGUUUGAUGGGUUCCACCUUUUUGAGCCCUUGGCAACAACAUCCCUGCCACUGCCAUCAAUUAAAACAGUCUUUCUGGUAGAAAUUAUCCCCGCAGAGAGGGUGUCAAAGCCCCGGGCACUUCUAGCGGGCCCUGUUUUCACAGUAUUUCACAAAAACAAAGCCUUGCUUUGGCCACACCUUAAGAUUUUGCCUAAGGUGGUCUCUGCAUUCCACCUCAACUCGAUCAUUCAUCUUCCAGUGUUCUUUUCAAAAUCUCAUUCUACCAAGGUUAAAGAAAAGCUUAAUUCCUUGGAUGUUCGGAGAGCUCUGACACUUUACCCGGACUGCAAAAAGUCUUUCGGAUCCUGUCUUAGACUUUUUGUAGCCUAUGCUGAGAGGAUUAAAGGGUUACCUGUUACAGUCCAGCAAAUUUCACAUUGGGUUUCUGACUGCAUCAAGCUUUGCUACGAUCUAGUGAAGGUCUCGCCUCUACUGAGGAUAACAGUCUACUACACUAAGGCUCAUUCCACUUGGCUAGCCUUUUUGGAGUAACAUUCGUGUGAUGGUCACUUGCAAAGCAGCAAUGUGGUCAUCGCUGUAUAUACUUUCUCCACACACUGUGCCAUUACUUAGGCUUUCUGAGACAAUGCCAACUUUGGCCAUCUCCAAGUAGUCUGAAGUUCCACCAUCUGUUAGGAAAGUGCUGGUGAAUCACUUAUGGUGGAAUGAGUAUGUGCCCAGCCACUCAAAGGAGGAAAAAAUGGUUACUUACCUGUACAAUGCUUUGUACCUAUUCUUCUAGAUGUGUUUGGUCAAAUAUACAUUCCACACCCCUCUCACCUUCCCUGCUACUUCAGCAAUUGUAGGUGUGCCUAGUGCACUCAUCUGUCUACAGUGGACUGCAUUUGUGCACCACACAUCUUGAAGAACAUCAGGCACUGUACAGGUAAGUAACCAUUUUAGUGACAAAGGAGUCACCAGACUUGAUUUGCAAUGGAAGCUGAAUCUCCAUUUUCACAAUGUCAAGCCAGUGACAGGCUUGGCAGUGUGGGCUUCUUCCUUUAACUAAACACUUUGCCCAAGUAGGAGGCUUAUUUUAAUUCUGUCAGAGUAAUGGGCCAUGUGCAAAUAAAAUAAAUCAGUGGGGAGGCAAGUCAGCCAAGAAAUUAUUGGAGUAGUUGAAAGAAGAAACAGCUAGAAUUGAGCUUUCCGAUGAAGGAGCCAUUGAUUGAUUGAUUAGAUCAGAUCAGGGAUAUUUAUAUCCCCUAAGGUUCAAUGAAUAAACACUUUUGUUUUGGAAUUGAGUUUCAUGUCCUGUACUUUUUGGGGCCUAUCGUAGGUCAGACUCUUGGCUCUAGUGAGAUAUUCCAAAGCCUGCGGCAAACUCCAUUAUAAUUUACAUUAUGAGGGAGGGGAGUAUUUCGUUCAGGUUUUGUAUUCAUGCUUGUACUGUGGUGAAUGUGUUUUGAUAGUUGGAGAAGGUAAAGAGAACUAUUCCCUACUGUUACCUCUUGUCUACCUUUAAUAUACAAGACAUUUAUGACUUCGAUAUAGCAAAUGAUAGAGUUUUAUUGUUAUGAUUACAACAGUGAACUUCUGUUUUCAUGUUAUCCCUUUCCUUUCUCCCAGAUUAUGCUGAGGACAGCUGAAAAAUGCUUUUGAUAGACACAGGAUAAACACACAUUAUUGCUUCUGUUCUCUUAUGGUACUGUAGUCGUAUAGUGAUAUUGUACUGUAUAUUGUUUUGAAUUGUAUAAUCUUGUUUGAACAUAUUCAAAUCUAACACAGUUAUAACUAGAGCCUUACUCUUCUUAUUGAUGUAUCUCAGAUACUUCUCUGGCCCCCCUUGCCGUUGUAUCCAAGCAACUCACAGUCUUUAACUUAUUUUUCUUCAUAACACCCCUGCGAGGUAUAAUGCCCAUUUUGUACAGAUUGAGAAUUGAGGCACUAAUUGCCAGACGUUUAAAGCUA